UGUGUCUGCGUCGCCUGAAAUUGUUGGCCUAAGUGCAAAAUGCAAUAGACAGCGCACUAUGGAUGGUUGUCAUUUUGAGAGAUUACAAGGCCACGUGGCUUCUUCUCAAACAUGAUAAGCUUCUAGUUAGAGAGUUCGACUAUAUUCAUUUCAUCAUCUGGCUUGUUUUGUCAUUUCUCCUCCCAUCCAUAUCAUAUUCAUAGCCUAACCUAAUUAGCCAUGGAAGAAUCAGCCAAGAAACUGGAGCUCAUUGAUCAAGCAAUCAAGAAGCUCUUAGCAGAGAAAAGAAACAAAGAAACCUCUUGUGAUGAUGGUCUCCUCCCGGAUGAUAGUGAUCAGCUUCUCUCCAAGUUACUUUCUGAGUUGGAAUCACUAAAAGGGGAUGAUGCCAAACUUGUGCAAUCUGAGCUAUCAUCUGCAACGGAGGAUGUAAAUUCUCCUGCAAUCGGUGAAGCGGUGUCAAAACAUGGGGAAGAAGGUCCUGCGUAUGGUGGCAGCAGGGAGAAUGCUGCAGCUGAAGAGAUAGUGAAAGAGCUUAGAAAAGUGAGGAGGCAGAAUUUUGUUACUCAUUGCCUUCUUUCAAUGAUGAUUGUCCUCACUGUUGCCUGGCAGGUAUCUGAGGUGUCCCUCAUUUUGAAAGUUAAAGAUGGGAUGAGACACCCGUUUAAAUCCUUUGGAAGCAUGUUAACUGGGAUGCUGAAAGAUCCCAGAGCCCAUGACCAAGAUUCAGAAAAACAGCAGUCAGAAGAGGUUCCUGUCAACGUUCCUCCUCUUUAAAUUCUGGAGCUUCCGCGUAUCGAUUUAGGUUCUAAUGGUGAAAAGCACUCGUAACAUCUGGAGUGCAUUUGAAAGCGAACCCAGGAAGGGUAAUUUAUCAUGCUCUUCCCUGGUAUAUGAUCUGUAAUGAUUCAUCGCUAAAGUGAAGGGCCAGAACUCUGCCUAUGCGAUGCAUUAUUGUAAUUGCAUGUUCAGAUUUUCUAGAAACCAAAUGUUAACAGUCUUCAUGGCA